AUGUUUCGAUUGAUGGCGCCACACAAGAGGACCGUCUUUACCGAGGUGGAUGCGUUCGAAGGAGGCAGCUUUGAUCAAACGAACGUGGGCAACCGGACAGCCCGGUCACCUCGCUUCGGAACUCCGAAGCCCCAUGCCCAUCUGGACGACAUUAAAAGGGAGGCUCAAAGGGAAGCUAAAAGGGAAGCCGAGGCCAAAAAGCAUUGA